GUGCCGUGCUGCUGCCGCCGGGCCUGGCCCAGCAGAACCUAACAGAACCCAAUUGGGCUGAACAGGGCUGAGGAUCAUGACCCCGGGGCUGCCGCUGCUGCUGCUGGCGCUGGCACUUCGGAGAGCGCAAGGGAAUGCGGGAACAUCCCCCGGUCCUCCCCCUGUCCCCCCGGAGCUCUCCUGUGGGGCAGAGGUGCUGGAGGCGGUGCUGGGACGGCUGCGGGCACUGGAGGGAGAAGUGCGGGCGCUGCAGGGACAGUGCGGGGACAGCCUGGGGCCCCAGGCUGGCACUGGCAGCACAGCAGCGCGGAGGCUAUGUGACACCCCUGGGGCAGGGGGCUGCUGUGGGUGCCGCAUGGGGGAGGCCGGGGAUGGUCUCCCGUGUCCCGCACCCCGCUGUCCCUUCGACUGCAGUGACCAGGGACGUUGCCGUGCUGGCCGCUGCCACUGCUUUGAGGGCUUCACAGGACCAUUCUGUGCGACCCCCAUCUGCCCCUCUGGCCGUGGUGGGCCCCACUGCUCCCUCGAGAUCCCCUCAGUGACGCUGCGCCUGGCUGCGCGCAACCAGACGUCCUUCCGUGUGACCUGGCCGCGGCCAGCCAAGCCUGUGGAUGGCUAUGAGGUGGCAGUCAUCCCCAUGGAUGAACCAGCAGCACUGACCACCCACGAGCUGCCUAGUUCAGCUGUCACCUUUGAAGUGACAGGGCUGACACCUGGACAAGCUUUUGAGAUCUUCAUCCAGGCCCAGCGGGAGCAGCACCUCGGGGCACCGGGCACCUUGCGUGUCCGCACCUUGCUUGCCCAGUCUCUGCCCAACCAAGGGGGGCUACGGGGCACCCCUACAUUUCUGGCAUCUCCAGUGGCCCCAGCAUCACCAUCAGCCCGAGGGUCUCCAGCAUCCCCACGGUCCCCAGUGUCCCUGGGGUCCUUGGGGUCACCAGCAUCCUCAACAUCUCCAAGGUCACCAGCAUCCCUGAGGUCUCCAGUGUCCCCGGAGUCCUCAGCAGCACCAACUUCCCUGGAAUCCCCAUUGUCUCCAGAGUCCCCAGUGUCCCCGAGGUCACCUACAUCUCAGUGGUCCCCAGCAUCCCCACAGUCCCCACUAUCCCCAGCAUCCCCUGUGUCCCCAGUGCUCCCAAAUGUCCCAUCCCUGCAUGAGCUGGGGGUCAAGCUUUCUUCCUACAAUGGAUCCUUGCUGCAGCGCCUAGAAAGCCACCUCCGGGCCACGGAUUUUCCACUCCGAGGCAACCAGACAGUGCCUGCAGUGGCCCGUGCCAUCCUCUCCUACCUGCUUCGCCGCAGCCCGGCCUUGCUGCGUCAUCAAUUCCUCCGCCACCUCCAGCAGAACCCCCACCCCAAACCUCAGGUGUUGCCAGGAGCUGCUGGUGAGGCCCUGGUGGAUUUGGAUGGGCUGCGGGGUCAUGCGGAGACCAUAGUGAUCCGCUAUCAGCUGCUGGAGGAGCCGGAGGGGGAUGAGGGGGAGAUGAGGGUGCCAGGGGACACCACAGUGGCCCGGGUGCCAGGGCUGGUGCCAGGGGCCACAUACCGGGUGGAGGUGCACGGUGUGGUGCGGGGACGUGUCUCCAAGUCCUACACUUCCCUGGUGACUGCAGGGCUGGGUGACACCAGUGAGCCUCCAUCAGAAUGGAAGAACCUCUAUGAGAUGGAGGGGACUGAGCCCCAGGGGGCCAUGGCCAAAGCAGCACCAUCAGAGGAGGAACCAACACAGCAGCCCCACCUAGGCAUGCUCACAGUCUCCCACGUGACUCCAAGCUCCAUCCAGCUGGAAUGGAGUGUCCUGGAGGGCACCUUUGACUCCUUCACAGUGCAGUACAGGGAUGCACAAGGCCAGCCACAGGCACUUGCGGUGGACGGUGGGUCGCGCACAGUGACCGUGCACGGGCUGUCGCCGUCCCGCCGCUACAAGUUCAACCUGUAUGGGGUGUGGGGGCGGAAGCGCAUUGGUUUCAUCUCCACUGAUGCUGUCACAGCUUCAGCAAAACCAAAGGAAGAAUCACCUUCACCACCGCGCCUGGGUGAGGUGACGGCAUCGCACGUCAGCCCCAACUCCGUGCAGCUGGAGUGGAGCGUCCCCGAGGGCUCCUUUGACUCCUUCACGGUGCAGUACAAGGACGCGCAAGGCCAGCCGCAGGUGGUGCCCGUGGACGGUGGGUCGCGCUCGGUGAGCGUGCACGGGCUGUCGCCGUCCCGCCGCUACAAGUUCAACCUGUACGGGGUGUGGGGGCGGAAACGGCUGGGCCCCAUCUCCACUGACGCCGUCACAGCUCCUGCAGCGGAGGAACCACCAUCCCCACCACGCCUGGGUGAGGUGACGGCAUCGCAUGUCAGCCCCGACUCCGUGCAGCUGGAGUGGAGCGUCCCCGAGGGCUCCUUUGACUCCUUCACGGUGCAGUACAAGGACGCGCAAGGCCAGCCGCAGGUGGUGCCUGUGGACGGUGGGUCGCGCUCGGUGAGCGUGCCCGGGCUGUCGCCGUCCCGCCGCUACAAGUUCAACCUGUACGGGGUGUGGGGGCGGAAACGGCUGGGCCCCAUCUCCACUGAUGCCGUCACAGCUGCAGAAGAGGUGGAGGAGCAACCACCACCCCAGCCACGCCUGGGAGAGCUGACAGCAUCCCAUGUCAGCCCCAACUCCGUCCAACUGGAAUGGAGUGUCCCCGAAGGCACCUUUGACUCCUUCACAGUGCAGUACGUAGACGUGCAGGGCCAGCCGCAGGAGCUGCACUUGGACAGUGGGUCCCGCACAGUGACCGUGCCUGGUUUGCUGCCGUCCCACCCCUACAAGUUCAACCUGUAUGGGCUGUGGGGGCAGACACGUCUGGGCCCCAUCUCCACUGACACCAUCACAGCUGCCGCGCCAGCAGCGGAGGAAACACCUUCCCCACCACGCCUGGGUGAGGUGACGGCAUCGCACGUCAGCCCUGACUCCGUGCAGCUGGAGUGGAGCGUCCCCGAGGGCUCCUUUGACUCCUUCACGGUGCAGUACAAGGACGCGCAAGGCCAGCCGCAGGUGGUGCCCGUGGACGGUGGGUCGCGCUCGGUGAGCGUGCCCGGGCUGUCGCCGUCCCGCCGCUACAAGUUCAACCUGUACGGGGUGUGGGGGCGGAAACGGCUGGGCCCCAUCUCCACUGAUGCCGUCACAGCUGCCGCGCCAGCAGCAGAGCAGCCACCUUCCCCACCACGCCUGGGUGAGGUGACGGCAUCGCACAUCAGCCCCAACUCCGUGCAGCUGGAGUGGAGCGUCCCCGAGGGCUCCUUUGACUCCUUCACGGUGCAGUACAAGGACGCGCAAGGCCAGCCGCAGGUGGUGCCCGUGGACGGUGGGUCGCGCUCGGUGAGCGUGCCCGGGCUGUCGCCGUCCCGCCGCUACAAAUUCAACCUGUAUGGGGUGUGGGGGAGGAAACGGCUGGGCCCCAUCUCCACUGACGCCGUCACAGCUCCUGCAGCGGAGGAACCACCAUCCCCACCACGCCUGGGUGAGGUGACGGCAUCGCACGUCAGCCCCGACUCCGUGCAGCUGGAGUGGAGCGUCCCCGAGGGCUCCUUUGACUCCUUCACGGUGCAGUACAAGGACGCGCAAGGCCAGCCGCAGGUGGUGCCCGUGGAUGGUGGGUCGCGCUCGGUGAGCGUGCCCGGGCUGUCGCCGUCCCGCCGCUACAAGUUCAACCUGUACGGGGUGUGGGGGCGGAAACGGCUGGGCCCCAUCUCCACUGAUGCCGUCACAGCUGCAGAAGAGGUGGAGGAGCAACCACCACCCCAGCCACGCCUGGGAGAGCUGACAGCAUCCCAUGUCAGCCCCAACUCCGUCCAGCUGGAAUGGAGUGUCCCCGAAGGCACCUUUGACUCCUUCACAGUGCAGUACGUAGACGUGCAGGGCCAGCCGCAGGAGCUGCACUUGGACAGUGGGUCCCGCACAGUGACCGUGCCUGGUUUGCUGCCGUCCCACCCCUACAAGUUCAACCUGUAUGGGCUGUGGGGGCAGACACGUCUGGGCCCCAUCUCCACUGACACCAUCACAGCUGCCGCACCAGCAGCGGAGGAAACACCUUCCCCACCACGCCUGGGUGAGGUGACGGCAUCGCACGUCAGCCCUGACUCCGUGCAGCUGGAGUGGAGCGUCCCCGAGGGCUCCUUUGACUCCUUCACGGUGCAGUACAAGGACGCGCAAGGCCAGCCGCAGGUGGUGCCCGUGGACGGUGGGUCGCGCUCGGUGAGCGUGCCCGGGCUGUCGCCGUCCCGCCGCUACAAGUUCAACCUGUACGGGGUGUGGGGGCGGAAACGGCUGGGCCCCAUCUCCACUGAUGCCGUCACAGCUGCCGCGCCAGCAGCAGAGCAGCCACCUUCCCCACCACGCCUGGGUGAGGUGACGGCAUCGCACGUCAGCCCCAACUCCGUGCAGCUGGAGUGGAGCGUCCCCGAGGGCUCCUUUGACUCCUUCACGGUGCAGUACAAGGACGCGCAAGGCCAGCCGCAGGUGGUGCCCGUGGACGGUGGGUCGCGCUCGGUGAGCGUGCACGGGCUGUCGCCGUCCCGCCGCUACAAGUUCAACCUGUACGGGGUGUGGGGGCGGAAACGGCUGGGCCCCAUCUCCACUGAUGCCGUCACAGCUGCAGAAGAGGUGGAGGAGCAACCACCACCCCAGCCACGCCUGGGAGAGCUGACAGCAUCCCAUGUCAGCCCCAACUCCGUCCAACUGGAAUGGAGUGUCCCCGAAGGCACCUUUGACUCCUUCACAGUGCAGUACGUAGACGUGCAGGGCCAGCCGCAGGAGCUGCACUUGGACAGUGGGUCCCGCACGGUGACCGUGCCUGGUUUGCUGCCGUCCCACCCCUACAAGUUCAACCUGUAUGGGCUGUGGGGGCAGACACGUCUGGGCCCCAUCUCCACUGACACCAUCACAGCUGCCGCGCCAGCAGCGGAGGAAGCACCUUCCCCACCACGCCUGGGUGAGGUGACGGCAUCGCACGUCAGCCCUGACUCCGUGCAGCUGGAGUGGAGCGUCCCCGAGGGCUCCUUUGACUCCUUCACGGUGCAGUACAAGGACGCGCAAGGCCAGCCGCAGGUGGUGCCCGUGGACGGUGGGUCGCGCUCGGUGAGCGUGCCCGGGCUGUCGCCGUCCUGCCGCUACAAGUUCAACCUGUACGGGGUGUGGGGGCGGAAACGGCUGGGCCCCAUCUCCACUGACGCCGUCACAGCUGCCGCGCCAGCAGCAGAGCAGCCACCUUCCCCACCACGCCUGGGUGAGGUGACGGCAUCGCACGUCAGCCCCAACUCCGUGCAGCUGGAGUGGAGCGUCCCCGAGGGCUCCUUUGACUCCUUCACGGUGCAGUACAAGGACGCGCAAGGCCAGCCGCAGGUGGUGCCCGUGGAUGGUGGGUCGCGCUCGGUGAGCGUGCCCGGGCUGUCGCCGUCCCGCCGCUACAAGUUCAACCUGUAUGGGGUGUGGGGGAGGAAACGGCUGGGCCCCAUCUCCAUUGAUGCCGUCACAGCUGCAGAAGAGGUGGAGGAGCAACCAACUUCCCAGCCACGCCUAGGACAGCUGACAGCAUCCCAUGUCAGCCCCAACUCCGUCCAACUGGAAUGGAGCGUCCCCGAAGGCACCUUUGACUCCUUCACAGUGCAGUACGUAGACGUGCAGGGCCAGCCGCAGGAGCUGCACUUGGACAGUGGGUCCCGCACGGUGACCGUGCCUGGUUUGCUGCCGUCCCACCCCUACAAGUUCAACCUGUAUGGGCUGUGGGGGCAGACACGUCUGGGCCCCAUCUCCACUGACACCAUCACAGCUGCCGCGCCAGCAGCGGAGGAAACACCUUCCCCACCACGCCUGGGUGAGGUGACGGCAUCGCACGUCAGCCCUGACUCCGUGCAGCUGGAGUGGAGCGUCCCCGAGGGCUCCUUUGACUCCUUCACGGUGCAGUACAAGGACGCGCAAGGCCAGCCGCAGGUGGUGCCCGUGGACGGUGGGUCGCGCUCGGUGAGCGUGCCCGGGCUGUCGCCGUCCCGCCGCUACAAGUUCAACCUGUACGGGGUGUGGGGGCGGAAACGGCUGGGCCCCAUCUCCACUGAUGCCGUCACAGGUGCCCCAGGAACGCUAUGGGUGGGCACGCUGUGGCCCCGCAGUGCUCAGCUGCAUUGGGCGCCUCCCCGUGUCCCCCCAGAUGGCUACAACCUCACCUACGGACCCCUCGGAGGCCCCAUGAAGACACUGCAGCUGCCCCCUGAGGCAACAUCCAAGGACCUGUGGGGCCUGGAGCCCACUGGACACUAUAUGGUGCAGCUCCGGGGCCGGGGGCUGGAGCCCCUCGAGACCACCUUCAAUACCCCCCCCCUUCCCCACCCACACCCCCGAGACUGCGCUGAGGAGCAGCUCAAUGGACCAGGGCCUUCACGAGAAGUCCUCAUCUUCCUCGGGGGUGACCAGCGACGGCCACUGCGCGUCUUCUGCGACAUGGAGAGCGAUGGGGGAGGCUGGCUGGUGUUCCAGCGCCGCAUGGAUGGGGGCACCAACUUCUGGAGGGGGUGGGAGGAGUACGUGCACGGCUUCGGGAACAUCUCCAGGGAGUUCUGGCUGGGAAAUGCGGCGCUGCACGCGCUGACAGGUUCUGGGCCCACGGAGCUGCGCGUGGACCUCCGGACGCCGUCAGACAGCGCCUUCGCCCGCUAUCGGGAUUUUGCCGUCGGUGGUCCUGAGGACAGUUUUCGCCUCCAUCUCGGGGCUUACAGUGGCACAGCUGGGGAUGCACUGUCCUACCACGCUGGGAGCCCCUUCUCCACACGGGACCACGACCCCCGGGGCCGCCCCCGGCCCUGCGCUGUCGCCUACACGGGAGCCUGGUGGUACCGCAACUGCCACUAUGCCAACCUCAACGGGCGCUAUGGGGUGCCCUACGACCACCAGGGCAUCAACUGGUACCCCUGGAAGGGCUUCGAGUACUCCAUCCCCUUCACAGAGAUGAAGCUGCGGCCGCAGCGUGACUGAGAGCACUAGAAAGGUUGUGGGGCACAGUGAAGCCUUUAUGGGGUCAAUAAAGCUGCGAGUAACCAGCACUGACCCACGCAUCCCA